UCAAAAGUGACAAACAAUGCCCUACAAUUGAAAUUGAAAAUAUUUACUAAGCGGAAAGCUGAAAAGUGCCAGGCAAUUUCACGGCUGCAGCUGAUAUCCAGCUGAACGUCAAGCGGUGCAUGUAUUCUCUCCAGCUAUAGAGCGUUAACAGUCAUGCGAUGUAAGUACUAAUCUAAUCAAUAUCAGUCUCAUUGACCAUAUCAGAAUAAGAAGAAAUGGGAAACUCAGGAUUAAAACAACAUAUUGAAACUGCUCAAAAGAGUGGGGUGCUCAAAGUCUCACCUGGUAAGCUGAACGAAUUUCCGCCUGGAUUCAAACAGCUGGAAGGAAAUCUGAGAACCUUGGACAUAUCAGACAAUAAGUUUGUUGUCUUACCUAAUGAAAUCAGCAGAUUCAUGCAGUUGAAGCAUUUGAACAUAAGCAAGAACAAACUAGCUAAGAUCCCUGAUUGUAUCGGCGCUUUAACAAAAUUAGAAACUUUCAAUGCUAGCCACAAUAAUCUGACAAGCUUACCGAGAACUAUAUCCAAUCUGAUCAAUUUGAAACAGGUCAACUUGUCUGGCAAUCGUAUCAAAGAGUUUCCCCUAAUGUUUUGCGGUUUGAAACAUCUGGAUGUGCUAGAUCUAAGCCAGAACGAAAUCACUUAUGUCCCGCCUGAAGUGAACGGCUUGAAUGUCACGGAGCUAAUCCUCAAUCAGAAUCAAAUAUCGCAGUUGUCUAGUCAGAUUGCAGAAUGUCCCAGACUGAAAACAUUGAGGAUAGAAGAAAAUUGCCUGCCGUUAUCCGCGAUUUCACCGAAAAUCCUAGCAGAAUCAAAAAUUUCCACACUAGCAAUCGACGGUAACCUUUUCGAACCAAAGGAGUUGGCAGAGCUACCCGGUUAUGAAGCAUACAUGGAAAGAUUUACAGCGGUUAAGAAAAAGCUAUUUUAAUAAAAAUUAUGUAGGAAAUCUUACUCAAGCACAAUACUUUUUUUGUAUAUAGUAGCAAUGUUUUAUAUUUAUUCAGUGAUUUAUUCCAUGUAUUAUAAUUGUUAAUAGAUUUUUAUAUAUUUAGGGCUGUAUCGUCAGUCAUUCCUACAAUUGUGGGAUGCCUCCUUGAUUUUCAUAGUUUUUCCUGUCCUUCAGAAAGGCAAGGAUAUUUCUAGAUUGCUACUGUUUCAUGUCAGUAUCAGCGCUCUCCUGUUGUGUUUUCUAUUGGAAUUGUGGGAAAUUUCAUGCUCAAAAAACAGUUCUUAGAAAUCAAAAGCAUGAACAAUUUGAUGCAAAUAGAUAUUUGUAACAUAACCUCAAAAUAGGGCGCUGACACGGAACCGUAGAAAUCUAUGAAAAUCAAGGAGGCCGUAAAGGCGUCCUACAAUUAUAGGCCUCCUCAAAUAUCUAUUUGCAUCAAAUUGUUCAUGCGUUU